AUGGUAAAUUCUCUGACACAGGGGGAGGAUGAAGACCCUGAAGGAGACAGCGGCGUUUUGGUGGUAUUUGUCCCGGAUCUGAUACUGACUCUUUACUACCCUCUUGCCGGAAAGGCUUUGGACGAUCGUUCCUUUGACUGCAAUGAUGAAGGCGCUUGCUAUAUCAAUGCCAGAAUCAAUUGCAAUUUAUGUGACUAUCUCAAACACCCCACUAUCUCAGUAUUCCCCAAAUUUUUGCCAGAUGAGAUUAUUUACAGAGAAAUAACUCGCGGAGAUCAUGUUCUAAUGAUUCAAGAAACUCCGUUUUCUUGUGGUGGCAUUGCAAUUGGUCUUGUGGCUUCGCACAAGAUUUUUGAUGGAACUGCUCUUUGUGCGUUCAUGAAAACUUGGGCUACGAUCGCUCGAGAUUCAAUUGUAGGAGCUCUGGCUCCAAAUUUUAGUGCCUCAUCAAUAUUCCCCCAAAACCAUUCAUUCCCAGAAGAUCUAACCACUUCAGCUUUGGCAAGUGUCUUGUAUAAAAAUAACAUGUCUGUUACAAAGAGGUUUGUGUUAGAUGGAUCAGUCUUGAGCAAUCUCAAAGCCAAAGCAACAAGCUCAAUUGUGCCCGACCCGACUCGCUUAGAGGUUGCCUCUGAAUUCAUUGUUAAAUGCAUGAUGUCUGCAUUGAAGACGGUAAAACCAUGUAUCCAGAAAUCAGUUUUGGUGGCAAAUUUAGUGAAUAUGCGACGAAGGGCUGUCCCACAAUUCCCAGAAAAUUUUCUGGGGAACUUUUUGAUGAUAGCUCUCAUGAUGUCAGAAUCAGAGGGUGAGGGAAUAGAGUUGUGCGAUUUCGUCCGCCAGAUGAGGGAAGCUGUUAAGGCAAUCAACGAUGACGUUGUGAAGAGCUUUGAAGGAGAUGAAGGAUUGGAAAUCUAUGUGGGGCCAUGA